AUGACUGGAUUUUAAUAAUUAAAGCAAUUCAUCUAGUUUUCAAAGCAGUCAUGUAAGAAACAUCUCAAAUAAGGGAAUAAGAAGUUGAAUACCAAUGGUUAAGGAUAUAUAAAGAAUCUCAAUUGGUUCUUAUACAUGGUGAGUCCUGGGUACUUGGAACUUAUUUUCACAAAAUGGAAAUAAUUUAAAUGUCAAUUGCCACUAUUAAACAGUGAAUGCAAUUCAGACAUGUAGAAAUUUCUGGAGGAUGUUUGUGAUUAGGACAUUAUUUAAUAAUGA